AUGAAUUGCAUUCAUUCCAGCUAUGCCUGCUCACUUUCUCUGACAUCAACGCAGUCUGGGCAUUAUGGACCGUUCUUCCGAUUGCAAGUGCCCAUCCCACAAGAGUUACCCUUUCCACCGCGUAUUGACUCUUCACAACCUCAGGUGUUCCCGGAGGCUCCUACUUUAGGAUCUACUGUGUACUUGGAAUGCUUCGCAUACGGGAACCCUGUGCCCGUAUACAAGUGGACCCGCGUAGAUGGAAGGCGAAUCAACAAGAAAGCAGUAUUGAUGCACUAUGGACGAGUGCUAAGGAUCGACCGCGCGGAAGCGUCAGAUAACGGCAGAUACAAGUGUUCGGCGGGAAACUCGCUGGGAAUCGCAGCUGGAGAAGUUACACUAACAUUAAGAACACCUCCCAUUAUUAUCCUCCCCUUGGCUGAUCGGGUGGUUCCGUCUGCAUCUGCAUUUACCCUAGAAUGCCCACUUUCUACUAUGGAUAUGCAAUCAUCUGUGGAGUGGUUCAAAGACGCUAAGCCAAUUGUACCUCUUCUUAUGCCUAGUCAACAAAGACGACGAUUUACAGUGCAGCAAAACAUCUUGACAGUGAACUCUACUACAGUAUCUGACUCCGGAGUUUAUCAAUGUGUUAUAAGCAAUGAAGUAGGAAUGGCUUCUUCUUCAGCUUACGUGCUGAUUCGUGACUCACCCCCAGUUUUUCCUCGACAGUCAAUGCCAAAAAAAUUGUUUGCUGUGAAUGGAAGCUCAUUGUCAGUUCCAUGCUACUACUACGCUUCUCCAAGAGGACAUAGCAGAUGGGCGGACGCAGGUGGAGUCAAGCUGCCUCACAAAGGACGAGUUCGUGACCAUCAUGGAGUGCUUCACAUUGAAAACGUGCUACAUGGUAAUGCAUCCUAA